CGGGAUUAGCAGAGCAAGAUUCUCUGUACCCAAAGUCAGUAAAGCUUUGCCGAUUUACGCAGAUGCUGAACUGUUGUAUCCUGUUAUGUUGUUCACAGUGCAGGAGCAAGAACCACAAAAGGACGGAAAAGGGAGGGCAGCCAUUACAGUGACAGACUUCAUUUGGAAUUUGGACUCUGGAGCUGGAGAAACUGCUUUGUGAUUCAGCAACACAGGGACAGCAGUGAGGCGGACCCAGCCAUCAAGCUGACUCUCCAGCGCUCGACACCGCGGCUCUGCAGCCACUCUUCUGUGAAAUCAAAGCUUGUAUUGGUGUGUGCCGGCCAAACCCAGCCAACCCACAAGCUAGCAAAAAUGAGCAGCAGAGAAACAAGCUCAGGGCUCACACUGAUUCAGCGUUAUGGUGAGUUGUAUUUUUCAUGCUCUUUAUACAGUAAAAAUCACCUUGGUUGAAGUCGCACGAAUCGGAUUUUCACUCUAGUCAGAUGGCAUCUGCAGGUCUGGAUUUUUCCUGAUAUUAAUUCCAAUAAAACUAUCACCUAAAUCAGUCAGAUAUUCACAUACCUCGGAUGAAAAAUCUGCUCCCAUUGUAAUACAUUUUCAGUCCAGUUUAACGCUUAUGUUCCUCCCGUCCACUCACCUCCAUGCAUCGGCUCGUUCAUGCACAACUACACACACUAACAACACCUGGAGAUCGCUUUAGUGUCUCUAUCAGUUCAUUUCACCAGAGACAAUCAUGGCAGCAGGAGGCAAGUGUAAGCUGCAGACGCAAAUCCAAAGAUGAAGCAGAAGCAAUUACAGCGAAAUUAAAUAUUAGACCCCGAACUGUCGGAUAUUUUGAAGAAUCGGAUUUUAUCUAAAUAAUUAUGACAGUGGUUUUUUUUUUUGUUUUGUUUUUUUUACGUCGGAUGAAAAUCCAUGGGGCAUUUGAACCCGACUGAGGAGAUUUCUACUGUAUACAUGUUUUUGAGAUGUAUCUUAUUUUGAAGGCACGUUACCAUGUCGACCAGAGAGAGUUAUGGCGUAUUUAUCCGCCACACCUUAAAGGCCCAUCUGUGGAAAUAUUCUCUAACACUAAACCAGUCCGUGGCUCAAAAAAUAUUGGGGACCACUGAUGUAAAGUAUAAGCUCAGUGCUGGGUUAACUUCAGCAGUUAUGGGGAGGCUGACACAUAAAUGAUUGUCUAUGAUGCUUUUAACUGUAAGCAGAGAUUUGUGUGUCUGUCUUCAACAUUCAGAUCCUUAGAGAUUAUUUGAAAAAUGGAUCAACAGUUAUCCCCAAAUCAAGCUCUCUAAAAUGCAAAAGAAAAUAAUUGGUGGCAAAUGCAUAUUGUCAUGACACCCUGCCUUUAAGAGCAUUUGAGUCCAUUUAAAGUAUGUAAACUUUUCCUAUAUUGUGCCGCCUUUGUAAUUCCAGGUAGCAGAGCAGAAGCAAGCAGAAACAACGAGCAUCUUCCUUCUUUUCCUCUCUUCCUCCAAUCCUCCUUGUAUUUCUUCCUCUGUGUUUCUCAUUGGCUCUUCCUCCCUCCCUUCCCCCUUUUAUCCCUCCCUCCCUAUCUUCUUUCCUUAGACCUUAAAUCUUUUUCCCUCUCCCUUCCAUCCUAUCUUCAGCCCUGUCUUCCUUCCUCCCUUUCUUCAUCCCUGUUUUCCUCUGCUGUCUCUUGUCUCGCCUCCUUCUGUCUCCAGUCUGUUUUCUCGUCUCCUUUCCUGCUCUCCUUUCCUUCCUUUCUUCCUCCUUUUUUUCCCUAUUGUCCUCCGCCACCUUCUCCCUUGCUUCUUAUCUUGCUACUUCUUAUCUUUCUCCCACCCUUCCUCCAGGACGUUAUCUUCUUUCUUCUCUCAUUGUCUUCCUUCCCUCUCUCCCUCCUUUUUUUCCUACACUCUCAAAUUAUUUCUCCCUUUCACUGCCUUCAUAUCGUUAUGUCCUUCCUUACCUCUUUUCCUGUCCUGUUAUGUUCCUGCUUUCUUUCCCUGCCUCCAACGUUUAUCUUCCUUCUUUUUAUUCCUCUUUUUGUCCCUCCUCCCUUCCUCCAUUGCUCUUUUUCCUCCCUUCUUCCAUCUCUCUUUCCUUCUUAUUUCCUUCCUUCCAAUCCUUUUUAUUUUUUUCUCCUUAUAUUCCUCAUUGUCUCUCCCCCCUUUCCUUAAGCCUUAAGAUUUUUUCAUCUCCCUUCUAUCCUAUGUUCAGCCCUGUCGUCCUUAUGCCUUUCUCCCUUUUUUCUUUACACCUUCAUCUCACUGCCUUCAUAUCUUCUUUGUUACGUCCAUCCUUACCCCUUUUCCUCUCCUCUUAUGUUCCUGCUUUGUCCUUCCCUGACUCCAAACUUUAGUUUCUUUUCCUUUGUUCUUUUAUUCUUCUUUCUCCCUCCUCCCAUGCUCCAUUUCUCUUUCCCUUAUUUUUUCCUUUUUUCCAAUCCAAUCUAUCUUCUUUCCUUAUGCCUUAAAUCUUUUUCCCUCUGCCCUCCAUUGUAUGUUCAGCCCUAUGUUCCUUCCUGCCUUUCUCCCUUUUUUUUGUCUUGCUGCUGAUCUUCCUCCUUCCUUCCGUUUCUUCCUCUGUCUCCAGUCUCUUCUCUUGCCUCCUUUCAUGAUCUCCUUGUAUUCCUUUCUUCCUAGUUUCCUCCCUCCUUUCCUGUCAUCCUCCUCCACCUUCUCCCUUGCUUUUUAACUUGCUACAUCUAUAUCUUCAUCCCUAUCUUUUUCCCAGGACUUUAUCUUCGUUCCUUCUCUCGUUGUCUUCCUUCCCUCUCUCCCUUCUUUCUUUCCUACCAUUAUUUUCAUCCUUCCAUUUUCUUCCCAAUAUCUCUAUAUUUCUUUCUUACGCCUUGUCUUUAUUUUAAUUUAUUCCUUUCUUUGCUUUCUUUCCUCCUGCUGCAUCUUCCUGUCUUGCCCCACCUUCCUUUCUUCCACCUUCCUUCCCACCCUAAUUGUCUUUCUCUCUUCCUUAAUUCUUUUCUCCCUUCCUUUAAACCUCCAUCUCACUGCCUCCAUAUCUUCUUUGUUCUGUCCUUCUUUCCCUCUUUUCCUCUCCUCUUAUGUUCCUGCUUUGUCCUUCCCUGCCCCUAAACUUUACCUUCUUUUCUUUCUUUUAUUCCUCCUCACUUCCUCCAUCCCUCCUUCCCUUAUUUUUUCCUACUUUCCAAUCCCCCUUGUAUUUCUUCAGCUUUAUGUUCCUCAUUGGCUCUUCUUCCCUCCCUUCCUGUCCUCCCCUAUUAUCCCUCCCUUCCUAUCUUCUUUCCUUAUGCCUUAAAUCUUUUUUCCCUCUGCUUUACAUCUUAUGUUCAGCCCUGUCUUCCUUCCUCCCUUUUUCCCUUCCUUUUUAUCUUGCUACUGAUCUUCCUUCCUCCCUUCUUUUUCUUCCCUCCCUGUCUUCCCGUCUCCAGUCUCUUUUCUCACCUGCUUUCCUGCUCCCCUUGCCUUCCUGUCGUCCUCCGCCACCUUCUCUCUUGGUUCUUGUCUUACUACUUAUCUUUGUCCCUGCCUUCCUCCAGGACAUUAUCUUUCUUCCUUCUUUCUCUCAUUGUUUUCUUUCCCUCUCUCCAUCCUUUCUUUCCUACCACUCCCUAAUUAUUUUGAUUCUUCCAUUUUCUUCUCAUUUGCUUCCCAGUGUCUCUAUAUUUCUUUCUUAUGCCUUUCUUUUUCUUUUCUUCCUUUCCUUGCUUUCUUUCCUCUCGCUGCAUCUUCCUAUCUUCCCCCACCUUCCUUCCUGUCCUCAUUGUUUUCCUCCCUCCCUUCCUUAUCCCUUUCUCCCUUCCUUUCUUUACACCUUCAUCUCAUUGCCUUCAUAUUCUUUGUUCUGUCCUUCCUUACCUCUUUUCCUCUCAUGUUCCUACUUUGUCGUUCCCUCCCUCCAUUUAUCUUUGUUCUUUUCCUUUUUUUUCCUCUUUUGCCCUCCUCCCUUCCUCCAUUGCUCUUUUUUCCUCCCUUCCGCCAUCUCUCUUUCCUUAUUUCCUUGCUUCCAAUUUUUUUAGUUUUUCCACCUAAUGUUUCUCAUUGGCUCCCAUCACCCUUUUCUUUCCUUAUGCCUCAAUUCAUUUUUCCGUCUCCCUUCCAUCCUAUGUUCAGCCCUGUCGUUCUUCUUCCCUUUCUCCCUUUUUUCUUUACACCUCCAUCUCUCUCCCUUCCUAUCUUCCUUUUGUCCAUCCUUACCCCUUUUCCUCUCCUAUGUUCCUCCUUUGUCCUUCCCUGCCUCUAAACUUUAGCUUCUUUUCCUCCUUCCUUUUAUUCUUCUUUCUUCCUCUUCCUCCAUCUCUCUUUCCCUUAUGUUUUCCUUCUUUCCAAUCCCCCUUUUUUGUUUUCUGAUUUGUUCUUCAUUGGCUCUUCCUCCCUCCAUUCCUGUCUUCCCCUAUUAUCCUUUCCUUCCUAGCUUCUUUCCUUAUGCCUUAAAUCCUUUUCCUCUGCCUUCCAUCCUGUGUUCAGCCCUGUCGCUCUUCUUCCCUUUCUCCCUCCUUUUUAUCUUGCUACUGAGCUUCCUCCCUUCAUUCCAUUUCUUCCCUCCCUGUCUUCCUCUGUCUCCAGUCUCUUUUCUCAGCUUCUUUCCUGUUCUCCUUGCCUUCCUUUCUUCCUCCCUUUUUUCCUGUUGUCCUCCUCCACCUUUUCUCUUCCUUUCUUUCUCUUUUUCUCUUCCUUCCAUUUUCCUCCGAAUAUCCCU